AUGGGAUAUGAAGACAAGUUGGUCGCACCAGCUUUAAAGUUAAGAUUAUUCUUAGAUAAACUUCCAAACAUUUAUAAUAUUUAUGUCAUUGCUUCUAUUUCGUGUAUUUCGGGGUUGAUGUUUGGUAUCGAUAUUUCAUCGAUGUCUGCAUUUCUUAGUAAUGACGCUUACCUUCGUUAUUUUAACUCACCAAAAACUGAUAUGCAAGGAUUUAUUACUGCUGCAAUGUCGCUUGGGUCAUUUUUUGGUUCUCUUACAUCGGCUUUCUGUUCAGAGCCAUUUGGAAGAAGGGCUUCGUUGCUACUCUGUGGAUUCUUUUGGUCAGUUGGAGCUGCUAUUCAAUCUUCAGCACAAAAUGUGGCCCAAUUAAUCAUUGGUCGUUUUAUUUCUGGUUUUGGAAUUGGUUUCGGUUCAUCUGUUGCUCCUGUGUAUGGUUCAGAGUUGGCACCAAGGAAAAUUAGAGGCUUAAUUGGUGGUCUUUUCCAACUUUCAGUUACUCUUGGUAUCUUGAUCAUGUUCUAUAUUUGUUUUGGAUUGGGUAAAAUACAAGCUGUUGGCUCAUUCAGAACGGCUUGGGGUUUGCAAAUUAUUCCAGGAUUAAUUUUGAUUGUUGGAUGUUUCUUUAUUCCAGAAUCACCUAGAUGGUUAGCCAAGCAAAAUUAUUGGGAAGAAGCCGAGGAUAUUGUGUCAAAAAUUCAAGCUAAAGGUAACAGAGAAGAUCCCGAGGUUUUGAUUGAAAUGGCAGAAAUCAGAGAUCAGAUUCUGACCUUGGAGAAAGUUAAAAGUUUUUCUUACUUUGACUUGUUCAGAAAAAAAUACCUUCUCAGAACUAUUACGGCAAUUUUUGCUCAGGUUUGGCAACAAUUAACGGGUAUGAAUACUUUGAUGUAUUAUAUUGUAUAUGUUUUUCAAAUGGCAGGUUACCAUGGUGAUGCAAAUUUGGUUGCUUCUUCUAUCCAGUAUUGUAUCAAUUUUGCAAUGACUAUUCCAGCAUUGUAUUUAAUGGAUAAGGUAGGUAGAAGACCAGUGUUGUUAACUGGUGCUGCAUUCAUGAUGGCAUGGCAAUUUGCCAUCGGUGGGUUAUUAGCUAAUUAUAGUGAACCUGAUGCUAUUAACGAUACAGUUAGGAUAAGUAUCCCAUCAAAUCAUUCACCUGCAGCUAAGGGGGUUAUUGCAUGCUGUUAUUUGUUUGUUGUCUCAUUUGCUUCUACUUGGGGUGUCGGUAUUUGGGUUUACUGUGCCGAGGUCUGGGGUGAUAGUGCUUCAAGACAGAGAGGUGCUUGUGUUGCAACUGCUGCUAAUUGGAUCUUCAAUUUCGCAAUUGCAAUGUUUACACCUCACGCUUUCAAGACUAUUACUUGGAAGACAUAUAUGAUUUUUGCUACUUUUUGUGCCUGUAUGUUCCUUCAUGUCUUCUUCAUUUUCCCCGAAACAAAGGGUAAAAGAUUGGAAGAAAUUGGUCAAAUGUGGGACGAGCAUAUUCCAGCCUGGAAGUCAGCAUCAUGGCAACCACAUGUACCAAUUGUUUCAGAUCAUGAAAUUCAUGGAAAGAUGGAUCAGGACCAUUUUGAACGUUCGUCUCGUUCAGAAUCUACCGAAGAAAAAGCGGCUGCUGACCACAUUGCUUGA